AUAUUUGUUAGCUUCAAGCUGCCUUCGCCUUUCCAGCCUCUUCGUUUGCUCAGUGUUUGGUUUGCUGAGCUAAUUAAUUGGUUAUCUGUUCAUCUCAUACCCAUUAAACUUUCCACGUUAUAUAGCCGUCUCCCCCAUUAUUCUCAUUAUCAAAUUUAAAUUCAUUUCUCUAGGUUUUUCUCACUCUCCAAACGCCCUCUCUCUUGAUUUUCCGGUCAUUUUCCUUUCUGGGUUUUUUCUUGUUUCCUGAGUUUUCUAGGCAGCCAUGAAUGCUCUCGUUGCAACCAACCGCAAUUUCCGCCUUGCUUCGCGUUUACUUGGGUUGGACUCAAAGCUUGAAAAGAGUCUGCUGAUCCCAUUUAGGGAGAUCAAGGUGGAGUGCACGAUUCCUAGGGAUGAUGGAACAUUGGUCUCGUACGUUGGAUUCAGAGUCCAACAUGACAAUGCUCGUGGACCCAUGAAGGGAGGAAUCAGAUAUCAUCCUGAGGUUGACCCUGAUGAAGUAAAUGCUUUAGCUCAAUUAAUGACGUGGAAGACAGCUGUAGCGAACAUUCCUUAUGGUGGAGCGAAGGGUGGGAUUGGAUGCAAUCCUAAGGACUUAAGUAAUAGUGAAUUAGAGCGUCUAACUCGUGUAUUCACUCAAAAGAUCCAUGAUCUCAUUGGGAUACAUACAGAUGUUCCUGCCCCAGACAUGGGUACUAAUGCACAGACCAUGGCUUGGAUUUUGGACGAGUACUCAAAAUUUCAUGGACAUUCUCCAGCUGUUGUGACCGGGAAGCCCAUAGAUCUUGGUGGAUCACUAGGUAGGGAGGCUGCAACUGGUCGUGGUGUUGUGUUUGCAACUGAAGCUUUACUUUCUGAAUAUGUGAAGUCAAUUAAUGGUUUAACAUUUGUUAUUCAGGGUUUUGGUAAUGUGGGGUCUUGGGCAGCAAGGCUUAUUCAUGAGAGAGGUGGAAAGGUUAUUGCGGUAAGUGACAUCACUGGAGCAAUUAAGAACCCAAAUGGGAUUGACAUACUGGAGUUGCUGAAGCAUAAAGAAGCUACUGGAAAUCUUCUGAAUUUCAGUGGUGCAGAUGCCAUGGAUCCUACUGAAUUGCUUGUACAUGAAUGUGAUGUUCUUGUCCCAUGUGCGUUGGGUGGAGUUCUGAACAGAGAAAAUGCCUCAGAUGUGAAGGCCAAGUUCAUCAUAGAGGCAGCAAACCAUCCUACAGAUCCAGAAGCUGAUGAGAUUCUGUCUAAGAAAGGGGUGGUUAUACUUCCUGACAUAUAUGCAAAUGCCGGGGGAGUGACUGUCAGCUACUUUGAGUGGGUUCAGAACAUUCAAGGUUUCAUGUGGGAUGAAGACAAGGUGAAUGCUGAGCUUAAGAGGUACAUGACGCGAGCUUUCCAUAACAUCAAGAACAUGUGUCAAUCACAUAACUGCAAUCUCCGGAUGGGUGCAUUUACUCUUGGUGUAAACCGUGUUGCUCGUGCCACCCUCCUUAGGGGAUGGGAAGCAUAAGCGACUUUUUCUCAUUCUUUAUCUUGCUAUGUAGCUCCAUAUAGAUAAUAACAUUCACAGCUGGAAAUCGGCUUUGAACAAGUUUUACCUCAAUCACUCCAUAGUAAUAUAUGUUUUUUUUCUCA